CUUCAAUCGUCUGUAAUAACAGUCCCGAGAGAGACCUGAAAUGUCAUCGUCGCAGCGAAAUUAGGGUUUGAUACAUCGAAUCGGAGGAAUAAGAAGAAGGGGGGAAAUGGGUAUUCAAGGGCUGUUGCCAUUGCUGAAAUCGAUAAUGGCUCCGAUACAUAUCCACGACCUCGAGGGUUGUACCGUCGCCGUUGAUACCUACUCAUGGCUUCACAAAGGCGCUCUCUCUUGUAGCCGAGACCUCUGCAAGGGCUUACCCACCACCAGGCAUAUACAAUACUGUAUGCAUAGAGUGAAUUUACUCCGGCAUCAUGGAGUUAAGCCUGUUCUUGUCUUUGAUGGAGGUCCUCUUCCUAUGAAACUUGAACAAGAGAAUAAGCGUGCUAGGUCCAGGAAGGAAAAUCUUGCACGGGCAUUGGAGCAUGAAGCAAAUGGAAAUUCCCCGGCUGCUUAUGAGUGUUACCAAAAGGCUGUUGACAUCUCACCUUCUAUUGCACAUGAGUUGAUACAGGUUCUGAGGCAGGAGAAUGUUGAUUACGUUGUUGCACCUUAUGAAGCUGAUGCCCAAAUGACAUUCUUGGCUAUUACUAAGCAAGUGGAUGCGAUUAUCACUGAGGAUUCUGAUCUUAUUCCUUUUGGCUGCCCAAGAAUCAUCUUUAAAAUGGACAAGUUUGGUCAUGGUGUUGAGUUUCAAGCCUCCAACCUGCCCAAAAAUAAAGAGCUCAGCCUUUCUGGACUUUCAAGCCAGAUGCUUCUCGAGAUGUGCAUUUUGAGUGGCUGUGAUUAUUUGCAGUCACUUCCAGGAAUGGGACUCAAAAGAGCUCACACACUCAUUACAAAGUUCAAAACUUAUGACAGGGUAAUCAAGCACUUAAAGUACAGCACAGUUUCAGUUCCUCCUCUGUAUGAAGAGUCAUUUAAGAAAGCUAUUCUGACUUUCAAGCAUCAACGGGUCUAUGACCCCAAAUCUGAAGAUGUUGUACACAUGUCUGCCAUUUCUGAAGACAUUGGCGAAGAUUCAGACUUUGUAGGCCCAUAUCCUUUGAGACAAGUCUUUUGGUUUUAG